AUGACGAGACCAACUCUCGACAUCGUUCUCAAGAACAACACGGGCUCCGCCAACGCCUACGCCCACGUAACCGGCCUGGAUCUCAACCGCAACAACGCCGUCUUCCUUCUCCAAGCCGACGGCGUCACCGGCUACUACCCGAGCUCGCCCUCGGACAUCCUCCAGGACAUUGGCGUCGACUGCGCGAUCCCGCUCGACGCGCCGGGGUCGACCAAGAAGCUGACCAUCCCCCAGAUCGCCGGCGGCCGCAUAUGGUUCUCCAGGGACGGCCCGCUCAAGUUCUUGCUGAACCCGGGCCCGGCCGUGGUGGAGCCCUCGGCGACCAACCCGGCGGACCCGAAUUACAACCUCAACUGGGGCUUCUGCGAGUUCACGUUCAAUAGUUUUCAGGUGUAUGUCAAUAUCUCGUACGUCGACUUUGUCAGCUUACCCGUGUCCCUGACGCUCGAGAACGACGCGGGAACCGUCACCAACGUGCAGGGCUUCCCGAGCAACGCCCUCGAUACCAUCUGCGACCGGCUCAAGGCGCAGGACGCGACCGAUAACGCAGGCUGGGGCAGUCUCGUCGUGCGCACGGCGGAUGGGUCCGCGAACUUGCGCGCCCUGAGCCCCAACUCGGGCAUCGUCAUGAACCCUAACCUCUUCAACGGGUACUAUCAGCCCUACGUGGACGCCGUGUGGGACAAAUACCGCUCCGCCGACCUCACCGUCAAUACGCAGGCCGAAUGGGGCGACGUCAAGGGUCGCGUAGGUUCAGACAACCUCCUGACGUUUGGCGACGUCGGGUCCUUCGCCCAGCCCGCCGCCCGCGACAUUUUCAGCUGCAGCACGGGGCCGUUCGGCGGCUACCCCAGCAACCAAGCCGAGAUGGGAGCCAUCGGCGCCCGUAUCGCGGCGGCCUUCAACAGGUCGACGCUGCUCAUCGACAGCCGGCAGCCCGAGGGCGAAAGCGUGGCCAACUACUACAAGGACGCCCGGACGAACCACUACUCGCGCAUCUGCCACGAGGUCAGCCCCGACGGCCGCGGCUACGCGUUUCCCUACGACGACGUCAGCUCGUCAAACGGCACUGACCAGUCCGGAUCGCUCUUCGACUCCAACCCGAAGCUUCUGACCGUUGGAAUCGGCGGCGAAACGGCUGCUGCGUCUGCUGCGGCUGGGGCUGUAACAACAGAGACUGCAACAGCUCCUGCUGCGACGUCAGAAAAGCAACCGCAGAAGCAAGAAGCGCAGCUGCAAAAGGAACUCCGCCGGGGCGAUACUAAGAGUAAGAGGCAGAGGCUCUGGGCCCGUGUGAAAUCCUUGGUGUAG